AUGCCCCCGCCACUCUUGGACUACAACACCUUCCCCCACAUCAUCGACCUCAUCGUCUCCCACACUCCAUGGCCAACUCGCGCGGUCUGGGGGAGGACCUGCAAGCGUCUCCGUGCCCGCCUCUUGGCCAAGCAGUAUGAGCAUGUCAUUCUCUUUGGCUGCUUCGGACAAGAGCUCUUCUUUCGCACCGCGACCCUCGCAUCCUGCCCCAUCCAUAUGGUAAACGUCAACCCCCAGGCCGUCGAUUCAGAGGUCUCUAGGAUCAAGCUUUACACCGCUUUCACCAAGGUUAUCGAGGUUACGGGCUUCAUCCAGCCCAGCGAGGAAAUGGAACACCUGACCUUGGCCUUCCCCAACGUUGAGACGUACCGUACCAACACACGAUGGGCAGAGAGGGACACUGAACAUACGACGCAAUUUCCCGUCCCCUGUAACACGCUUGUCCUCUUCUGUUCCGAGCGCAUCAAUCAAGACUCGCCUCGUUACGCUUCAUGCUGCAAGGUCCCCGCCGGGGUGACCAAACUCGUUCUGAACAUGAGGGGUGGCAACGGCCGAAUCAUCGAGCACUUCAACGUCUUCAAUCUGCCCAACACUGUCAGGGACGUGGUCGUGGUCUUCCCUUGGUUCAAGCACAAUGCCCGCGCUGGCACUUUCCAGACGAGCAUCGACAAGUCGCAGAUUGUCAAAGAUUUCGUCCUCCUCCUCACUCGCGGCACCCCCAAGAUUCACUACACCCUGGUCGGCCUCAACGAGGCCUCACCGCCUUACGAACUAGGCAUAGCCCUUUAUUGCGAGCUUGUCAAACACUUCGAUCCAACAAUCAAGAACCUGUAUCCAGACAUCGCUCGAAUCCUCCGCCACGUCCGCCUGUGUACAUUGGAGGAGUACGCGGGCGAAGUGGACAACAUUGAGACAGAGGUGGUUGAGUACAUUGGUGGAGAUGACUGCUGA